GAGAAAUAGAGAGAGGGGAGGGAGGGAGAGAGAGGCACACACCAACACACAGGCUUGUCCGUAAGAAGUGAAAUGGGAUGAAAAAGUCGAAGAGGGUUCAAGUCACCAAACCCAAUCCCAGCAGUGCAGUAUAUGGUGCUCCUGAAACGCUGGAAGGAAGACGACACGUUUCCACCCACCCACGUCCGAAUGCCAACCUGGCCUUUUUUGCACUUGGACCCUUGAGACAAAAGAGAAGGGGGGGGAAGGAGGGGGUGGAGGGGGCACGGAAUGGCUGGCUCCCUUUUGCUACUGCAGCUGUUGCUCUGUGUGUGUGCCAUGCAUGUGUGCAUAUGUUGGGGUAACAGCCAGCAGGGCUGAAGCCUUUUUUUUCCCCCCAUUUCAUCAGUGAACGUAUCUCCCUUUACUGGCUCGACUAAAAUGUUGGUUUUAUGCCCACCCCUUUUCCCAUUUGCCCGUCUCUGGUGAAGCACAGCGCAGGCUGUGAUGAUCGUGAACGGCUUACGACACUCAGCGAGCAGCAGGACCCUCUGCAAGUGUAGCUUCUUCCUACUGGGGCUGCAAGGAAGCCUCUCUCUCUUUCUCUCUCUCUUUCUGGCUUUCUCUCUUUUUUUUUCACCCCUUCUCCCUCUGCUCUUAAGCAUCUUCUUGACAAGCCAAGGGAAGCAGGAAUGGAAAAUCUAGCCAUUUUGAGCCCGUCCGGUUGGAAGAUGGAUUUUAAGCUGCCUCGUACAAAGAUGCUCGCCGUUCCUCUCCAAUGAAGGAUGCUAAAGGGACUGUCGGAUGCUGGGGAGCUGUCCAGAGUUUUGGAAGGGGGUCUCUCCUUCUUUCUCAGGUGUAUUUUUUUUCCCCUCCUGCCCUCUCCCUCAUCACGACACCGACACCCCGUACGAACUGCAGAGAAAAAGGACAGGGAGAGGAAGAGAAUGGAAGGAAGGACGAUCAACCGUGGUGAUGCCCGUACUUCUCAAACUUGGUGCUGGGAGUCAGCUUCCAAAUAAGGAGGAGGAAGGAGAGAAGAGAGAAAAAAAAACCCAGCAAGGAAAGAAAAAAAAAGAUAGCUGGACAUGCCUCUCGCCCUCCGAGAUGAAGCAAAGUAGACAUUGUGCGCCUGCCAGCCAAAAGCUGAAAGCGUCCGAAUUUGUAGCAACAGAGAGCUCUUUUUAAGCCCUGCAUAUAAUUAAGUCAAACACAAAGGAAGCUGCUGAAUGGAGCUUGUCAAUCUCUGCAACAGGGUGGGUAAGACACUUUUUAAUUUCAUUCUCUCGUGGAGAGGGGUGCUUUUCCCUCCCCCCCCAUAAUUGUUUUCGUCUUUGCCGCGGUAUCUAAAAAUGGACAGAUUCUCGUGUACCUUUUGAAUGCUUCUGAACUUUAAAAGGCUGUAAUACAGAGUCUUGCAUGCUGCAUUUAUGCCCCCCCCAAAAAGCCUCACCAAGCCCAAGAUUUGGCCUGAUGACUCUCUUAUUUUUGCCUGUGCCCGUCCCCUUGCCCUUUCGCUGACAUAUGGUGGGAUGUAGAAUUUAUACAGAGAAAAGCAAGGGACCAAGUCAAAGAUUCAAUGGACUUUCUCAAGCACAUUUGGGGAUAUUCUCGCUAAUGGAUUUCCUUCUCAUUGGGGUCUGUUUAAACUGGCUGCUGAAAAAGCCCCCAGGAUUGAUCCUGUGUAGCCUGGGUGUUUUGUUAAAAAUGCUUCCAGCCGUGCACACUGGGUGUCCGCAGCUUUGUCGGUGCGAGGGCAGGCUUUUGUACUGCGAGUCGCUGAACCUCACCGAGAUGCCGCACAGCCUGUCGGGCGUGAUGGGUUUGUCAUUGCGGUACAACAGCCUUUCGGAGCUGCGUGACGGACAGUUCACUGGGUUAACACAACUCACGUGGCUCUAUCUGGAUCACAAUCACCUUUACUCCGUCGAGGCACACGCUUUUCAGAAGCUCCGGCGAGUGAAAGAGCUCACGCUGAGUUCCAACAAGAUCACCCAACUGUCCAACAGCACUUUCCGGCCGAUGCCAAACCUGCGCAGUGUGGAUUUAUCCUACAACAAUCUGCAGGCUUUGGAGCCGGACCUGUUCCACGGCUUGCGCAAGCUCACCACGUUGCACAUGCGGUCCAAUGCCCUUAAGUUCGUGCCUGUUCGGAUCUUCCAAGACUGCCGCAGCCUCAAGUUUCUCGACAUAGGAUACAAUCAGUUGAAGAGCCUGGCUCGCAACUCUUUCGCGGGCUUGUUCAAACUCACCGAGUUGCACCUGGAGCACAACGACUUGGUGAAAGUCAACCUGGCCCACUUCCCCAGGUUGCUCUCUUUGCACUCUCUCUGUCUCCGGAGGAAUAAAGUCACCCUUGUGGUGAAUUCCUUGGACUGGGUAUGGAAAUUGGAAAAGAUGGACCUCUCCGGCAACGAGAUCGAAUACAUUGAACCUCACGUCUUCGAAAGCGUACCUCAGCUCCAGUCCCUUCAACUGGAUUCCAACCGGCUCACCUACAUCCACUCCAGGAUCCUCGAUUCCUGGAAGUCUCUGGUUAGCAUCAGCCUGUCGGCCAACGCCUGGGAUUGCGGCCGAAACAUCUGCGCCUUGGCGUCUUGGCUCAGCACUUUCAAAGGCCGCUACGACAACAACUUGCUCUGUGCCACCCCUGAAUACGCACAGGGCGAGGACGUCUUGGAUGCUGUUUAUGCUUUUCACUUGUGUGAAGAUGCGACGGACCUCACCACCAAUGGGGAUCUCCUCUCUGCCGUGGUCAACCAGAGCGACCCGACCGCCGGCUAUAGUCCUUCAACUCUGAACUCUGACCUGCGGGAGACCGAAGGGGAUGGAACCACCGACGCUGUGACCCUCACCGUCCCCAACGAGAAGACUGAGAAUGCCGUCCAGAUCCACAAGGUGGUGACAGGGACAAUGGCCCUCAUCUUCUCCUUCCUCAUUGUGGUUUUGAUACUGUACGUCUCCUGGAAGUGUUUCCCCGUCAGCCUCAGGCAACUGAGGCAGUGUUUUGUGACCCAGCGUCGGAAGCAGAAACAAAAACAGACUAUGCAUCAAAUGGCUGCCAUGUCAGCCCAGGAAUAUUACGUUGAUUACAAACCCAACCACCUCGAAGGAGCUCUGGUGAUUAUAAACGAAUAUGGAUCCUGUACGUGCCACCAGCAGCCAGCAAGGGAAUGUGAGGUGUGAUUUUAAUUUUUAUUUUUUUUUCCCCCUCCAAUGGGGGGGAAAUUUCACUUGGUGUGUGCAACCAAACAGCAGUGGUCAAAUUAAAAAAAAAAAAAAAGACAGUUCAAUAAGGGUUGACUUGAGCUUAUCAGGACCUUUGUGUGCCGAAAAUGUUUUGUUUUUGUUUUGUUGGGUUUUUUUUUUUUUUAAAAAAAGGAGCUGUCCCAAAAGACAGAACACGUUAGCUUUAUUGUGGCUAAAAUCCUUCAAGACGUUCAACUUUCUGAAAUGAGUUUAUUUCCUAUAACAGCUCUCUGUGAAAGAUCGGUCGAUAAUCAGAAAAAGCAAGUGUAAAAAUAAAAAAGUAACAAUUGCUGAUUUUUUUUUUUGUAAAACCACCACCACAAAAAAAAAAUGUUUAAAAAAAAUAAAAGCAAAAAUAGCAUUUACAAUUUUUACAGGCUGUUGUACAGUAUCUGAAUUCUUAACUCUGUUGGGAUGGGAAGGUGGAUUUAAUUUCUCUCACCCAGACUGCAAAAUCUGGGCUCCAAAACAAGCCAUAAUGAAACAGAAACUUAAAGGAAAGGAAUGGCUUGGUUGAGAAUUAUGUGGCUAGUUGUACUAUGUGACUGUUGAAUUCAAUAGCACAAUGUUGAAAACAGUGUGUUUGAUCUCAGUCUGCUAUGUAAUCUAUCAUUAUAUGCACUCUUAAUUUGCACCUCCCACAGCUUUGCCCCGUGUUCAAAAGACAGGUCUCUUGGGCGCAAAGGUACCCCAAAAUUUAUUUAGGACACCCCCCCUCCCCGUCCCAACCCAAAGCCUUGUGUUCUCAGCUUGCAUUAAAAAACCAAAAUGAUUUCCAUCAAAGUUUCACCAUUGGAGAUGUGGGAUGGAGUUAGCACUGUUUUCCUCGGGUACCCCCUAUUUUUCAGAUUUUAUACUCAUAAUUGCACAGCUCAGAGAGAUGCAGAAUUUUAAACUAUGUGGCCUACCGAGCAUUGAGGCAAGACCACAAACCUAUUUGCACUGGGGGGAAACUCUUGAUUUGUGUUGUUCACAAAGGUUCGGGGCAAUCUUAAUCCAGCAGGCCACCUUUGACCAUAGGACAAUUCGCAUUUAGCUAGGGUUGAUCUUAGUUUCUCACCAGAAAGAUUCAAAUAGACCCCUGCAUCCCGUCGCCUAAUCGACAGGCUGAUACCUGGCUAAUUGAUAUGCUUAAAAUAAUAAUAAAAAACCAAAAAAAAAACACACAACGAAACACAAUUUACUUGUCGUUCUAACCGUUAGUAUAACUAAGUGGAAGCAACUGUUAGCCUGGUGAUCAUCAAAGCUAUUUCACUGCCUUUUUUCCUGUCCUUUUUUCAAAAAGGUCUGGAUGAUAACUGUUCUCUGUUGCUUCUGUUUACGACCAAGUCAGCAAACAAUCGUUUAAACCCUUCCAGGAGCCGGGCACUUCUUUAAGGCUGCUGCUUGCUUUUGAACAAAAACUAAGACAACAACAACAACAAAAAUGCAAACAAGAGAAGACAGGUGUCACUCACACUCAGCUUGAUAUCAAUGUCUUCGUAUUUGGAUGAAAAAAAAGGAGGGGGGAAAUUUGGUAGCACAGACAGACAGAUUGGGUUGGCGUUUUCAAAAAAAAAAAAAAAACGGCAGAUGCAAAGGCUGGGGAAUUCUCUUCCAUUUAAUUAACUUAAAAUGUCGUUGCUUUGAAGGAGGAAGGAUAGACUUUCUGCCUGGGCUGAGACAGACUUCCCUUCUCAUUCUUGCCCUGUUCCUUUCUCCUCUCCAACAAGACAACCAACGCCUUGUAAAUCAGAACUUUCCUUAUGCCUGCCCCCAAAAUUGGUCUUGUGAGGUUUUUUUUUUCUCUUUUUUUUUGACAACAGUUGAGUUCUCCAAGACACUUUUUGGCACCGUCAAGAAGCUACUGAUCUCCCACCAAGUGAUCCAAGGAGCUUUGAAAUGACAUGGCAAAGCCCCACCUCGGAUUAAAUGUGCAUUUCCCCCCCACUACUUGCUACACUAUAUUUCACUAAUGGCUUUGCUGUUCUGUAGCACGAUCAUGGACAGCCUCCUGCUGGAAUAAAGAUGGAAUAUACCUCUCUCUCUCUCUCUCUCUCUUUUUUUUUUACUUUUUUCUGAGGGAUAUGCAUAAUUAUCUAUCCCCCCACAGCACCAAGAAGGAAUCAUAUCCAUUUGAUUUCCCACAGCAAGCUUCCUUCUUUGAUACUGUGGGUGUCACACAGCUCUUACAAUGCUCCAGAGAUCCAUGGUUUUUAUUUCUGGGCCCCUUUGAACAUACAUGUAUUUACUUAUCUAUGGAUCAAUCAAUUACAUUGCUAAUUCAUCUAGGAACUAAGGCCACCGAGAUAGAUUGCAAAAACGACCGAGUACUUCCAGAGUUUUUAUAUAUCUAAAAAAGCAUUGCUGUUCUUCAAGGCCAAUAAAAUCCAGUUUUUUGGUUUUUCUUUUUUUUUUUUUUUUUUUUUUUUUUUUUUGCUUUUGGGCACCCUUAAUCAUAUAUUUAUUCACUGGAACAAUUAAUCAGUGGAACUACCUGCCUGCAGAAGGGGUGAAUGCUCCAACACUGGAAGUUUUUAAGAAGAGACUAGACAGCCAUUUGUCUGAAAUGGUAUAGGCUUUCUUGCCUGAGCA